AUUCUAUUUACUGUAAACGAUGUAACUUUUGACACAGAUCAGCUACUUUGACCACUUUCCCAACAAGUAAGACAAAAAGUUAGAGCAUAUGGAAUCUUCCUCUACUUCUCUGCUAUUCAAAUCUGAAAUCAAAACAGAAAUAACUUUUACCAAUCAAGAGGUACACCUGUUUUAGUAACCGCACCAACUAAAAUGUUCUCUAACUUUUUAUAAACUGCCAUUUUGACCACUUUCCCAACAAGUUAGACAACUACUUAGAGCAAAUGAAAUCUUCCUCUACUUCUCAGCUAUUCAAAUAUGAAAUCAAAACAGGAAUGGCGUCUACCAAUCAAGAGGUACAGCUGUUUUAGUAACCGCAUCUACUUCUUUCAGUAGGCUACUUCCCACUGUUGAAUUAACUGUCAUAGAACUUUGAGAAAUUUCAAAUUCUAGCACAUUCUAAGCAUGAGACAAUUAAUAAACAAUGUGACUUUUGACACACAUCAGCUACUUUGACCACUUUCCCAAUAAAGCAAGCCCCACAACUUGUAAAGUUACCAUCUAGUUUGUUUUGUUUUUGUUUUACAGGCAUUAAACAGCCAAGCCAUGCUGUAUUGGUUGCAGCAGCUGCAAAUAAAACGGUGGCAGCACAAUACCAGCCUGGUGAAAAUACCUGCAGAGCCCUCCACUACCUCCACACAGCUCUGCCAGCUGCCUUCUGCACCUUGGGAAGGAAGGACAGAGGACUUCCUCCCAGCAGUAAAGACCCCCAAGGGCCUAGUCGGAGAAGCCGCAGCCUGUCUGCCAGACCCUGGCAACAAAAUGCACUGCAAAAGCUCUCCCUCAAGCACCCCAUCACAGAGAUACAGAACACAGUCCUCAAUAUCUGUGGAAACAAGCCAGCUCAGGAGCUGAGGCGGAGUGUGUUCAACUUUGACAAGAUUCAGCAGUCGCAAGACUGUCCCUGUGAGGAUCCUGUGACACAGAUACUGGAGGAAACAACAGGUGUGUCCUUCAGUUGACAGGAAACUGCCCUGCAAAGUCUGUGUCUCUGCUUAGUUCAUGUCUGGAUCAUUUCAAUGCGGGGACCACCACAGUGGCUCUGAAACUAUUACAUUCUUCUCAUGCAGGCACCUCCAGCACCGCCUGUACCUCUGACACCCCCAGCACCUACAGUCCUUUCAGCUCCUUCAGUUUCUUCAGUUACAAACGAGUCUGCGCAGGAAGCGCCCAGCGUACCGUAGCCAACUCCAUGGGCACAGAGACCUUCUGCAGGCUGCAGGAGAAGAUUGAGCACCUCAAGGUUAUUUUAAAAGUUACUUUUACAUUACAGCCAUGGGAAGUACGUCAACUCUUGUUUCAAGAAACACAGACAAUAUAGAGGCGCACAAGAUGCAAAACAAGUUCCUCAGCUCUGAAAUCUACAAGCUUACUAAGCUGUGGAGGAACAGUUCAGAAGAGGAGAAGGGCCUCCUGAUGAAGUGUGCCUACCUGGAGGCCAAAAACUGCCAGAUUGAGAGCAAGUACCUGGUCAUGCUGUGCAGGCUGCAGGAGAGCAAAGGGCUGGACAGCAGUCAGCAGGAGAUGGUGAAAAGGCUAAUUGAGGAUGCACUGCAGGGAGACAAGAAGGAUGUCUUUAAACUCAACCCUGUCAGUGAGUACGACGACUAUGGAUUCAAGACCAUUCCUGAUUAUGAAGUAGAGGACGUGAAGCUCCUGGCCAAAAUCCAGGCCCUGGAGAUCCGUUCCAACAACCUGCGCAACAAUGAGAUGGAGGACAAGCCUUUGCGGACCAGGUGGGCUAACUACCUGGCCAGCUGUCCCUUGGACCAGCUGGCUCCCUCCCCGGAGCUGAAGGGCCUGAUCCGGUGUGGGAUCCCUGUGGAGUACCGGGAGCAGGUGUGGCGCUGGAUCGUGAGGACACGGAUGCAGGUCUAUAGGAAGCGGAAUCCCAAUCGCUACCAGGAGCUGAGGAAGCACUGCGAGGUGUCGGAGCACCCGGCCUCGUGGCAGAUCAAGCUGGACCUGCACUGCACCCUCACCAGCAAUAAGCACUUCUCCUCGCCCACCUCCGACGCAGUCCAAAAGCUGCAGCGCAUUCUGCUAGCCUUCUCCUGGCAAAACCCCACCAUCGGCUACUGCCAGGGCCUCAACCGGUUGGCAGCUAUUGCACUUUUAGUUCUGAAGGAUGAAGAGGAUGCCUUCUGGUGUCUGGUGGCUGUUGUUGAAAUCAUAAUGCCACAAGACUACUACAGCAAAACCCUCACUGCCUCUCAGGCUGAUCAGAGGGUGUUCCGUGACUUUCUUGCUGAGAAGAUGCCUCGCCUGACGGCCCACUUCAAGGAGCACAGCAUCGAUCAUUCCCUCAUCACCUUCAACUGGUUCCUGGUGGUCUUCGUGGAAAGUCUGGUCAGCGACAUCCUGCUCAGAGUGUGGGACGCUUUCCUCUAUGAGGGCACAAAGGAAACUAAUGAACAUAGCAUUUAAUGAUAUGAAUCCCUUCCCUAUGAAGCUGCUGAAGAACAGACGAGAGUUUCACAUGUAGAGGCUGACAGCCGAGCUGCAGGAGCUGGAGAGGAUACAGGAGGAGUUUGUGAAAGAACAACAAGUGGAGCGCAAAGACAAGGACCUGGACACUGCUGUCAGCGAAGACGAAGAAGUAAUACAGACUGCAGUUAGCUUGCAUCACAUGUCCUGACGUUAUUGAAAAAUUACACAUCACUGAUACUAUUUAAACUAAUUUGUUUGCCUUAUUAUUCCCUGCUGUGGAAUAUAGUGGGGCUUACAUAUUGUGUAUGUCACACAUACAUCUAACUGUUAUCCUUUGUCUGUUGUUGAGUAUAUAGGUAUGUCAGACUUACAUUUUUAUAUGUACAGUUCGGCUCUUAUUUUGUAAUGGCGCAUGAUGUACCGACAUACUUGUUUUAGAGUCAACAAAUUAAGUUUACCAAACCUGUCAAAAUGCAGAAUAUUAAUGGAAAUAGGUGUGUUGGUAAUACACACACACACUACAUCUCUGAAUGCUUGACUUCAAAUCCAGUUUAAGUCACAUGAAAGGAGUAUGGUGGUCCUAAGCCCUCGGCUUCCACAAACACAAAACCAACACACAGUGCAGCACAAUUGGCACAAAGGAUAAACCUGUUUCUUAUCUCAUAAAACAGCCUUUUACUAUAAUUAUCAUCUGUCAGUCUCUGAAUUUCUUCAAUCAGCAGUUCCAUUCCACUCAGAUCAGUUCAGUAAAUUAAUUAUUUUGUAGUUUCCCAAGAAAACAAACUCAUUGGAGAUCUUGAAAAUUAAUGUCUUGAAAUGUGAUUAAUUUAGGCCAGGCUAAUCUGAACAAGUACAGAGAUUCCAGUUACUUUUCAGACCGGCAACCAGGUUCCAGAUUUUCUAAACGAGACUAUCUCUGAAAUAAACUUAUUUUAUGCAUUGGUUGUUUGUUUAUAUUCCUGUAAAUUGCAUAGUUCAGUUAUUGCUAAGUUAAGAGGAAGACGUUGCUUUGUUUAAUUAUGUUAAAUUGUAUGGCAAUCCUUCAUGAUUUGCAUGAAUUCACUUAGGUUUAGAGGUACAGUUUUAAUUCAUGUACCUCUGAUAAACCUAAACUAAGUGACAAAAGCAAAAACACAAACGUUUUUUACUUGAGCUUGAAAAGGAAAAAAUAGGAUGAAUACAGUGCUAUAUAUACUGUGUGUGUGUAUAUAUAUAUAAUAUAUAUAUAUAUAUAUAUAUAAUUGGUCGCUACAUAUAGAUUUUUCAACGCUGGUAAAAUGUUUAAUUCAGUAAUGAUUUUAAAAAUGUUUAUUUUUUAAUUUUUUAGGGAUGCAAGACAUGUAACAACUUCGUGUCUAACGUUUUUAAAUGCCAACUGUUAAAUAAAUAGAAUUAUGGAUAUUAAUGUGUUGAUAGUAGGGAUAGCUUUUGUGACUGGAGCAUGGCUGCAUUGUCUAUUGCGCUGAAUUUUAACCAAUUUUAACAGAUUGUUCCCAUUAUUCUUAUUUUUUAUUUUAGCUUUUCUCUUCAAAUAUUUUUUUAGAAAACAAAAAUGCACAAACAAAAUCUCAACGCGUUUCGUCUUAUUCAUGAGUAGACUUAAUUUGAUACAGAGGAACACCCCUUUUUUAUACACUCAAUUUUCCACAGGUGAUUAAUCACCUUUUAAGAGAUGGCUCAGUUGACAAACAACUCUUGAGAAGGGAAACUUUUGUGAUAUUUUUUUUAAUUCUGUUCCACCACAUGGCCUUAAUGAAGACUUUAAAUAUGGGUAUUUUUUGUAGAAUGUAUGUUUGUAUGUAUACAGUAUAUACCUCUGUUCAUUAUUCAAGUUGCAGAGUAAAAAGAAAAAAGUAACUUAGUAAAAGAAUAUUUAGUGGUAUGAAAAGUUUUGUGUUGACGUACAGAUUGAGUGUUUAAAAUAAUAUAAAAAGUAUGGUCUUCUGCCUUCUGUUGUCAUUUCUGUACCUAAUUUCAGUUGUUUUUGAUUGUUCUGAUUGUCAAUUGAAGGUUUGUGACGUAAAGGUGAUUAAUCGCCUGUGGAGAAUUGAGUGUAAAAAAAAAAAAGGGGUGUUCCUCUGUAUCAAAUUAAGUUUACUCAUGAUUAAGACUCUGUCGAAACACGUUGAGAUUUUGUUUGUGCUUUUUUCUUUACUAAAAAAUGUGAAGAGAAAAGCUAAAACAAAAAAUAAGAAUAAUGGAAAAAUGUGUUAAAAUAAAUUAUUUUUGUGAAGAAUGGGUUGUCUUUUUCACUCGAAUCACUGUAUAAGGGCCUGUUGGCAACCAAUACAAGCUGCCUUUAUUUUCUCAGGUGUUGCCAGGUUGAUUACCUGGUCAAAGACUAAACACAUACAUGUAAAACAUUUAGAACAUAUUUGUAUUCUGUAUUUGUAUAUUAUGAUAUUUGAUUGGAUUUUUUAUGUACGUAUUAUUGCACAAUAGGGAGAAUUAACGAGAACAUUUCUAAUAUUUAGGCGUUCAUUUUUGUAUUGCUGUUUUAUAAUGUGAUGGCAAUCUGAACUAUAGUCAAAGUCUCUCAAAGUGAAUUAUUAUUUUAGGAAAGUAUUACGGCACAAGCACUUAUAUAUUACCAGUGUCACUCUCCUCACAAGGUUAAACUGUGAAACCCAGAACAUACUUUAACUGGCUGAGAUGAGCCCUUUUCAAGGCAUUUUCUCUGCUGUAAUAUAACAGAACUUGUUUUUUGAUGAAAUGGUGUGCAUUUUUUGCAUCCUUUUGUGUAAGGUAUUUGAACUGAAAAACAUAAAAUACUGGUAUUAUCAUUGUGUUGUUUUAGAUUUGUUAAACAAAAUCUUAUUCUACUGAAAAUAUUUCUCUUUUGUUUCUAUAAAGGUUUAUAUAAAUACAGUAAUAACAUUUGCAGUGGAUAAACACUUCAUUUAUUAAUUUGUCCCACAGCAAAUUCAGAAAGGAUUGUUCUACAACAGUGUUAAUACCUCCCUUUAGUUUACUGAUAAUAAAUGUUAAUAAAAAACAUUAACUAAUAUUAAA